AUGUGUCCCAGCCUUCUCUCUGAGCGUCGAGGUAAACGCUCUCUCCUUCAUUGUUCAGAGGAGAAACAUUAGAAACUUUAUUUUACACUUUAUUUUACACUUUAUUUUACAAUACUGGGAUAAAAAAGCACGUUAGUGAUUUAACCUUCAUGUUGAUCCAUCAUCAUCAUCAUCAUCAUCAUCAGUUUUCUGUCAGAGCUUCAAUCACAGGAUGGAAAAUAUAAAAGAAAUACAACAAGAGUGGAGACAUUAAAAAAAAACUGCUCUACAAAAAUAAAAACCUGUAAAAAUGUCACAAAUAUAAAAUAAAAUAAACUUUAUAGAUAAUUCUAUAACAAAAACACACAAUGUGUUUAAAAGAAGCUAAUUUAGUCCUGCUUCAUCCUGGUGUCUCAGAUUAUUUAAAUACUUCUUCAUCUAAUUCACAAAACUGUCAAUUAUUUUAUUUAAAUAAAAAAACUAAAAUGUAAAACUUUAGGAAAUAAAAGUGUUUAAAGUCGUGUUUCGUGGAUUAAUGCCGAACUCUUUCCUCCUGUGCCUUUUCAGAAAAACACGGACAGAGGAUUAAAAUCAUCUCCUGGAUUAAAACCAUCUCCUGGAUUAAGAUCAUCUCCUGGAUUAAAAUCAUCUCCUGGAUUAAAACCAUCUCCUGGAUUAAGAUCAUCUCCUGGAUUAAGAUCAUCUCCUGGAUUAAAAUCAUCUCCUGGAUUAAGAUCAUCUCCUGGAUUAAAAUCAUCUCCUGGAUUAAAACCAUCUCCUGGAUUAAGAUCAUCUCCUGGAUUAAAAUCAUCUCCUGGAUUAAAACCAUCUCCUGGAUUAAGAUCAUCUCCUGGAUUAAGAUCAUCUCCUGGAUUAAAAUCAUCUCCUGGAUUAAGAUCAUCUCCUGGAUUAAAAUCAUCUCCUGGAUUAAAAUCAUCUCCUGGAUUAAGAUCAUCUCCUGGACUCAGAGGAAGGUUAGCGUCAGACUCUUGAUCACCUGCUCUAAAUCAAACCUGCGUUCCCCUGUAAUAAAUAAAGUAAAUAAUAAAAUAUUAAAUAAUAGAUAA